CCUAUUGUUGACUGAAUCAGACCAAGCGACGGGAAAGCCAAAGGAAGGACUGCCCGCACUUCUUAACUAACCCCAAAAACUAACCGCCAUCGCCAUUGCCAUCGCCAUCUCCAUCUCGCAGAUACUUCUGCUCUCUCCCAAGAACGGAAGUGAUUCUGUUGGUCGCCGGUCAAAUUCCUAUCGCGAAGAAUGGAGAAGAUGGUCUUUCUUCAGCCGUUGGUCGCCGUCUUGAUAUCUUCCGCAGUCGCGAUCAGAGCUUAUCGGAGGAAGUCACUCAACUUGUCCGGCGGACUCGCUGGAUUCCUCGUCAUGACUCUUCACUUCGCGGUCAAUUACAGGUUCGGAGCGAUUCUGCUGGUCUUCUUCUUCAGUUCUUCGAAGCUCACAAAGGUUGGGGAAGAGAAGAAGAGGCGCAUCGAUGCUGAUUUCAAGGAAGGCGGACAAAGAAAUUGGAUACAAGUGUUCUCCAACAGUGGAAUCGCCUCAGCUUUGGCUCUUACUAUUUGGAAGCUGGCAGGGUCAAAGGAUCAGUGCUUGGACACUGAACAGUCUACUCUCGUCACUGCACUGAUCGGUGGAAUACUAGGUCACUACUGCUGCUGCAAUGGAGAUACCUGGUCGUCCGAGCUUGGGGUACUCAGUGAUGCACAGCCUCGAUUGAUCACAACAUUCAAGCCUGUUCGGAAGGGUACAAAUGGUGGUGUGACUAAAGAUGGAUUCCUAGCGGCUGCAGCAGCAGGAGGUCUCAUAGGACUUGCAUUCGUGCUCCUGGGAUUCCUCACAACAAGUUGCUCCUUUGAUGUCGCUCUGAAGCAGCUCUUUGUCAUACCACUGUCUGCAGUAGCAGGACUCUGUGGGAGUACAAUCGAUUCUCUACUUGGUGCGACACUGCAGUUCAGUGGAUUCUGCACCGUUCGUCAGAAAGUUGUUGGAAAACCUGGACCGACGGUCAAGAGGAUCUCAGGGAUCAGCAUUCUGGACAACAACGCCGUGAACUUGGUCUCCGUACUUCUGACCACAGUGCUGACUGCCCUUGCCUCGGCAUACAUUUUCUGAGCCAAACAGUAAGCAGUUGUUGAGAUAUCUCGCUUCAGAUUCAAAAAUCUUCAGCAAUUUGCGGCGGGAUCAUGUUGUAGCCGAAUUCUUGGGAGUCCAAUCUCACCAUCAGCAAAAUCUGUUGUGUUGUAGAAGUGCUUUGUACCUGUUAACAUUUUGAUGUGGUUUGCUUGCUUGAACCUUUGUCAACACGAUGGAGGAUUGUUGUAGGAAUAAUUUCCCUCUUUAGUGCUUUGCGGCUUCAUUGAUAAGCAAGAUUUAUCGUUGGUCGAUGCAGAGAGGCAAUCUAGGAUGCGCAUAACGUAGGCAUUAUUGCAGUGACAAGGAGCAGUUGAAUUUGAAAGGAAAAAAACAAUAUUUCAUAGGGUUACUAUAUUAGAGUCCUGAAACUAACUAGUUAGUUGCGCGGAUUCAAAGAAGGAAAGGUAGCUAUUCUUCUUCCUAAUUAGCGUUGUAUGUAUUAAUUAGCUUGCCUUGUACACCAAGGUUUUCCCCUUGUAAUUAACAAGAAGGAUGCUAAGCCGUGUC